CAAGCAUUCAAUUGAUCAUUCUCCCCUUACUUUCACUCAGCCACUCCAUUUUCACACACUACGACCAACCGCCUGACACAAUGGCAGCACCCCCCUCGUACACCAAGGUCACCCACUCCGCCACCUACCCUGCCAUCAAUCCCUCUCAGCCGGCCCUUUCCACGGCCGGCAAGGUGGUGUUGAUCACAGGCGCUUCAGGUGGCAUCGGCCGGGCGACAGCCUCAUCCUUUGCUGCAUCAGGCCCCCGAGCCCUCAUCCUCCUGGGCCGUCGCGCCGACGCCCUGGCCGAAACCGCAGCAAUCGUUCGCGCCAGCUACGCAGAGGUGACGGUCCAAACCCAUGAGGCGGAGCUGUGCGAUGCGUCCAGCGUCCGCAAUGCCAUGAACAAGGCCGCUGCUGAGUUUGGCGGCAUCGACAUUCUCGUCCACUGUGCCGGCAGUCUUGCCCCCGUCGUUCCCUUGGUGGAAGCGGACCCUGCGACGUUUCUCGACGGCUACAAAACGACCGUAGUCGGCACGCUGGCGACGGCCCAGGCGGUCGUCCUGGCAAACAGGACCGUCAGCGCCGACGAGGACAAGCCAGUCACUUUCAUCAAUCUCACCACGGCCGGCAUCCUCUUCCCGCCGUUCCCCGGAAUGGGCGCCUACGUAAGCAGCAAGAUGGCCGCCGUCAAGAUCCUAGAGGCGUUUGCCGCCGAGAACCCGCAUGUGCGUCUUCACAAUGUGCAUCCCGGAUUCCUCGAGACGGCCAUGUCGGCCAAGCUGGGAGAGAAAAUCAAACUGCCCUACGCCUACGAUGACAUCUCCCUCCCUGCCGACUUCCUGGUCUGGACUGCCUCCGCCGAAGCCGAAUUUCUCAGGAACAAGAUCGUCUUCGCCGCGUGGGACGUGGAUGAGCUCAAAGCGCGUACAAAGGAGAUUGUCGGUGGCCCGCCCGGAACUGGGGAGCUCAGGAUCGGCUUCCAAGGCUUCCCUCGAUUUAUGGCAGGCCAGCCUUUGCCAGGCACCAACUAG